AUGACAAUGCCUCCUCCCGCGGAUAUAGUCAAUGUGGAGGGCAAUGCAAACGGACUAGCGGUCGAUUAUUGGCAAUCCUUGGUUCAGUAUGCUGAAGAGGAACGGGAGGAGCCCCCUGUCGGGCAAUUCGGCAGGCUGCAGAUCAUGAACCUUACACAUCUCUUGAACGAGAUUGCCCGCAUCAAGGGCGCCGUGGAGCACAACCGAACCACUUCUGCUGACCAGAUGGAAUGCCUUCGGAAGAGACUACGCCAAUACGCCGAUGCAAUUCGAGAUUUCAAGUUCAUAACAGACCUAGAGGACCUACCGUAUAUCUACGGGCUCGACAGGCGAAUUUCGCUUCAUGGUGCGUUUCCAGGUUUGGCGAGUCCGUAUCCCAACACGGAGAACCACCCAUAUGACACCGCGUACCGAACGCUGCGGAAGAAGAUCGUACAGCCCAAGGACGGAGUCCGCGAACUUCUCCGAAAGGUGCUACCGAGUCGUCUAUCUUGGACCGAAGCUGAGAGACGAGCAAGACGGUCUGAUUACUCUGCCGGCAUGACACCCGAAGUCUAUUCAAAAUUUCUCGAUGCGCUCGCCAGAUUCAUUAUAGGCACGACAGGCGGCUGUGCUUUAAUCAUACCCAUGGUCGUCAUGGUCCUGGACGCGUCUCUAACAAAGAGCCUUGUCACUGCCUCGGUGGCUCUCGUCCUCUUCGCUCUGGUUCUGGGACUUGUAUUUGAGACGAGUAACAAGGACACCAUUACCGCUACGGCGACGUAUGCCGCCGUUCUAGUUGUAUUCGUUGGAACGAGCGGGAGUGCGACCAACAACGUCCAAAGUAUUCCUCAGUAG